AUGGGGAAGAAGCACAAGAAGCACAAAGCGGAGAAGGCAGAAUGGCGCUCGGCUUCUGCCACCUCCUACAGCGAUUACGUGGAUAAACCUUUGGAAAAACCUUUAAAGCUCGUGCUUAAAGUUGGAGGAAGUGAAGUGACUGAACUUUCCGGGUCAGGUCAUGAUUCUAGUUACUACGAUGACAGAUCAGAUCAUGAGCGAGAAAGACAUAAAGAAAAGAAGAAAAAGAAGAAAAAGAAGUCUGAGAAGGAAAAAGAAAAGCAUCUAGAUGAUGAGGAAAGAAGAAAGAGAAGGGAAGAGAGAAAAAGAAAAAGGGAGAAAGAACAGUGUGACACUGAAGGAGAAACUGAUGACUUUGUUCCUGGGAAAAAGGUGGAGAUUGAACCUCCUCCAGAUCGUCCUGUCAGAGCAUGCAGAACUCAGCCAGCUGAAAAUGAGAGCACACCAAUUCAGCAAUUACUAGAGCACUUCCUUCGCCAGCUUCAGAGGAAAGAUCCGCAUGGAUUUUUUGCUUUUCCAGUCACGGAUGCCAUUGCUCCUGGAUAUUCCAUGAUAAUAAAGCACCCCAUGGAUUUUGGUACAAUGAAGGAAAAAAUUGCAGCAAAUGAAUACAAAUCAGUCACUGAAUUCAAGGCAGAUUUUAAACUGAUGUGUGAUAAUGCAAUGACUUACAACAGACCAGAUACUGUUUACUACAAGCUAGCCAAGAAGAUACUACACACAGGCUUUAAGAUGAUGAGCAAAGAACGGCUGUUAGCUUUGAAGCGCAGCAUGUCGUUUAUGCAGGACAUGGAUUUUUCUCAGCAGGCAGCUCUUUUGGGUGAUGAAGAUACAGCAGUUGAGGAACCUGUCCCUGAAGUUGUUCCUGUACAAGCAGAGACUACCAAGAAAUCCAAAAAGCAAAAUAAAGAAGUUAUUAGUUGCAUAUUUGAACCUGAGGGAAAUGCGUGCAGCCUGACAGAUAGCACUGCUGAAGAACAUGUCCUGGCACUGGUGGAACAUGCAGCAGAUGAAGCUCGAGAUAGGAUCAAUCAAUAUCUACCCAACAGCAAGAUUGGUUAUCUGAAAAAAAAUGGAGAUGGAACUUUAUUAUUUAGUGUAGUAAAUUCAUCUGAUCCAGAAGCAGAAGAGGAAGAGACUCACCCAGUGGAUCUGAGUUCACUGUCAAGCAAAUUAUUACCUGGCUUCACUACACUGGGCUUUAAAGAUGAACGAAGAAAUAAAGUAACCUUUCUUACAAGUGCUAGUACAGCACCUUCCAUGCAAAACAACUCUAUAUUUCACGAUUUGAAAUCAGAUGAAAUGGAACUCCUGUACUCAGCAUAUGGUGAUGAAACUGGGAUACAGUGUGCCUUAAGCUUACAAGAAUUUGUGAAGGAUGCUGGAAAUUACAGCAAGAAAAUAGUAGAUGAUCUUCUGGACCAGAUCACUAGUGGAGAUCAUUCCAAAACAGUUUAUCAGCUAAAACAGAGGCGAAACAUCCCAGUAAAACCACUGGAUGAAGUUAAAGUUCUGCCAGUUCUCAUAAAAGAAGAACACAAGUUGCGUAAUACCUGUUCGGAUUCUUCCAAACAGAUUAUGGUUGGAGAAUCUGCUGGAGACAGUAACACUUCUGACUUGGACUUUCUGUCUAUGAAACCAUAUUCAGAUGUAUCUCUUGAUAUUUCUAUGUUAAGCUCAUUAGGGAAAGUGAAGAAGGAGCUUGAUCAUGAGGAUAACCAUUUACAUCUGGAUGAAACAACUAAGCUGCUGCAGGAUCUUCAUGAAGCUCAGGCUGACAGAGUGGGAUCCCGGCCAUCAUCCAAUUUGAGUUCCCUCUCCAAUGCCUCUGAAAGAGACCAACAUCAUCUUGGAAGCCCAUCUCAUCUGAGUGUUGGAGAACAGCAAGACGUGGUUCAUGAUCCCUAUGAAUUUCUGCAGUCUCCAGAAACCUCAAAUGCCACUACUAACUGAUCUGACAUGUACUGUGUGUAUGUGUAUAUAUUGUAUUUUAAUUGUAUUAUGUUUUAUAAAGUUUUUGU